AUGAUUCGCUCUUUUCUCACUGCAGCAAGUCUAGCUGCGACUGCGACCGUCUCGGCGCAGUACUUUCCUCCUCCGCGCGAGGGUCUUACCGUGAUCAAGUCCAGUGUGACCGAAGGCGUGACCAUAUCCUACAAAGAGCCAGGUAUCUGCGAAACAACUCCCAACGUGAAAUCCUUCUCCGGCUACGUCCACCUCCCACCGAAUACCCUCAACGACGUAAACCUCGACCAAAACUACUCCAUCAACACAUUCUUUUGGUUCUUCGAAUCGCGCCACGAUCCCGCCAACGCGCCAUUAUCAAUAUGGAUGAAUGGCGGACCGGGUUCUUCGUCGAUGAUCGGUUUAUUUCAAGAAAAUGGACCCUGCAGAGUAAACGCGGACUCGAAUUCGACGACCUUGAAUCCGCAUUCGUGGAAUAAUUAUGCCAAUGUUAUAUAUAUCGAUCAACCGAAUCAGGUUGGGUUUAGUUAUGAUGAGCCUCAGAAUGGGACGCUGAAUCUGGUGACGGGCGAAUUGGUAGCGUUGGAAGAUGGGAUGCCCAUCCCGGAGCAAAACAACACGUUUUUAGUUGGGACAUUUCCGACUAUUGAAGGUACGCGCUCGACCGCCAACACGACGGAAAAUGCGGCAAGAUCAUUGUGGGAGUUUGUGCAGGUGUGGUUUACAGAGUUCCCGGAAUACAAGCCUGGCGAUGAUAGAGUGAGUCUGUGGACAGAGUCGUAUGGUGGACGAUAUGGACCCAGUUUUACGGCGUUUUUCCAGCAGCAAAAUCAAAAGAUUGCGGACGGGAGUUUGCAGGGCCAUCACACCAUUCAUAUGGAUACACUGGGGAUUAUAAAUGGUUGUGUGGAUCUGUUGACUCAGGAUUUGAGUUAUGCGGAUUUUGCAUACAAUAAUACAUACGGGAUUGAGACAAUCAAUCAGACUAUUUAUGAGCAGGCCGUUGAUGCAUGGAAAAAGGAAGGCGGCUGUCGAGAUCAGAUACUUGAGUGUCGUGCCCUCGCUGCUGUGGGCGACCCGCUGAAUCUGGGGAACAACGACACGGUCAACAGUGCGUGCGCCAAUGCGUCUGAUUAUUGCAGUAAUGCAUUGGAGGGGCCUUAUAUUGAAUUCGGUGGUCGCGGUUACUACGACGUUGCGCACCCCAUUCUCGACCCCUUCCCACCCAAUUACUUUAUGGGAUAUUUGAGUCAGAGCUGGGUUCUGGGCGCCAUCGGUGCGGCGGUUAACUGGACUGAGAGCGUUGAGUCUGUAUAUAACGCGUUCCAGAGCACAGGCGACUACGCCCGCUCCGAUGUUUUGGGCUAUCUCAGGGAUAUUGCAUAUAUUUUGGAUCAGGGCAUCAAGGUUACCCUUGUCUACGGCGAUCGCGACUUUGCCUGCAACUGGAUCGGAGGUGAAGAAGUCAGUCUAGCAGUCGAGUACAGUGACGCAGAAAAGUUCCGUGCCGCGGGUUACGCGGAUUUGCACACCAACGACACCUAUGUCGGCGGCAAGAUUCGUCAAUAUGGCAAUUUCUCGUUUGCUCGUGUGUUUCAAGCGGGCCAUGAAGUGCCUGCGUAUCAACCCGAGACGUCGUUUGCGAUUUUCAAUCGAUCAUUGUCGAACUUGGAUAUUGCGACUGGUAACAUCUCGACUGUGGAGAAUGCGACGUAUACUACCGAGGGACCGUCGAGUACAUGGGACGUCGAGAACGAGCCUCCGCCAAUGCCGGAACCGACGUGCUACGUUCUUGCACUGUGGGCGACGUGUACGGAGGAUGAGGUGGGUGCCAUCGCUAAUGGCACGGCGCUGAUUGAGAAUUAUAUCUUGGUCAAGAAGGACGACAAUUCGACCCAGAGCCCACCCCAUGAGAACUCGGCUCCGGCCGUUAUGAAGCAUGGAUGGUUCCAGAUUGUUUUGUCGCUAUCUGAGUUUUUCGACAUCCUUUUAUAA